UUCCCAUUCUUCUUCAUCCCUUUCUUCUUAUGUUCUUCUCUUCUACUCACACUUCAACAACUCUAGCCAUGGCUUUCUCCUCCAAGCUACUUCUUCUUCUUGCUUCCUUCUUCCUAUUUGCUUCCUUAUCCUUUGGCCGGGAUUUCUCCAUUGUGGGCUAUUCAUCUGAGGACUUAAAGUCCAUGGACAAGCUCAUUCAACUCUUUGAAUCCUGGAUGUCAAGACACGGCAAGAUCUACGAGACCAUUGAGGAGAAGCUGCUUAGGUUUGAGAUUUUCAAGGAUAACCUAAAGCACAUAGAUGAGAGGAACAAGGUGACCACCAGCUACUGGCUUGGCUUGACCGAGUUUGCUGAUUUGAGCCACCAAGAGUUUAAGAACAAGUAUCUUGGUCUUAAGGUUGACUACUCUAGAACCAGAGAAUCCCCAGAAGAGUUCACUUACAAAGACGUUCAAUUGCCAAAGUCGGUGGAUUGGAGAAAGAAGGGUGCUGUAACACAAGUCAAAAACCAAGGUUCAUGUGGUAGCUGCUGGGCAUUUUCCACUGUUGUAGCAGUUGAGGGAAUAAACCAGAUUGUGACCGGAAAUUUGACAUCAUUGUCUGAGCAAGAGUUGAUUGACUGUGACAGAACUUACAACAAUGGUUGCAAUGGGGGUCUCAUGGACUACGCAUUCUCCUUUAUAGUAGAAAACGGUGGACUCCAUAAAGAGGAAGACUACCCUUACAUCAUGGAGGAAGGUACCUGCGAGAUGACAAAGGAAGAAACUGAAGUUGUUACUAUUAGCGGGUACCAUGACGUGCCACAGAACAAUGAACAGAGCCUAUUGAAGGCUCUUGCAAACCAACCCCUCAGUGUGGCCAUAGACGCUUCAGGCAGAGAUUUCCAAUUUUAUAGCGGGGGUGUUUUCGAUGGACAUUGCGGAAGUGACCUAGAUCAUGGUGUAGCAGCUGUGGGAUACGGAACUGCGAAAGGUGUGGACUAUAUCAUUGUGAAGAAUUCAUGGGGUUCUAAGUGGGGAGAAAAAGGAUACAUUAGAAUGAAGAGAAACAUUGGAAAGCCUGAGGGAAUCUGUGGAAUCUACAAGAUGGCUUCUUAUCCCACUAAGAAGAAAUAAGAUUCAUCAUAAUAUGCUUACCCCAUUGUUGUGUCUCAGUUUCUUUCCUUCAUUCUACCUGUUUCAGCUUUUCCUUCAAAACAAUGUAACUUUUCCCACAUAAUCAUAAUAAAAAUUUCCCUUGAAUCUUCAGGAA